AUGGAACUUCAAGGAAAUGUUGCUGUACUUCGUGAAUGCGACUAUAUUAAGAACAUUAAAGAGGCUAACUUCCAGCAGUACAGAUGCGGUGUGCAGUUUCCCAUCGUAAAGUAUCUUCUAGCAAUUGAUGUACGGAAUGAAAAGCAUAGAGAAAAUCCACUGGUCCCUACGAAGUACAGCGUCAUCGGACCCACAUCAGUUACCCUUGAGAAUGUUUCAUUUACCGUUGCGGUUGAUCAAACGUAUUGGGAUCAAGGAACCACGCGAAAGGACGAGGUUCGCAUAUCUGCCAUUGAAACUGACGAUAUUCCCGCCCAGCUGAACAGUCAUUUUCUUUGCAAAAUUGGAGAUGUCUCUAAGGUGCAACCAUUAACCUGGAAACCUAUCAUAAACCAAGCCCUUCGAAAAAUUAAGCCAUUAUACUGUUACUGCUGA